GGGGACAUACCUCUUGCGUAAGCCUCCCUCGAUGGUUGGAACGUCGAGAACGCAAUAUAUCCCUCCAAAUACUAACUUAAAAGGUCUCUCCUAUGGAUUAAGGCCACGACGUGCGUUCUUGGACUUCAGGAUUUCCGCCGCUGUGUAGAAGUUUUACUAAAAGAGAAGCUUCAGCUGCAAAAACUAGAUCGGAGUUGCCGGCGAUAUCACGGGCAUAGGUUCUCUUGAUUUUUUCUACGGUGUUAAAACCCUAAGUUAAUAUAUUAAAUCAAAAAUAAAUUUAAGCUAUGAACAAAACUUGCGGGCGUUGCUCAAAGGUCGCGUACCCAGUUGAAAGUAACUUAGUAAACGGGCGAUCUUGGCAUAAGCCUUGUUUUAAUUGCGCUACUUGCCACUUAACUUUGACUUUAAAAAAUUUUGUUUCCGCUCAAGGAGAAAUUUAUUGCAAAGCUCACGUACCUAAAGCGGAUACUCAUUUUCUAAAGGAUCAAGAAACAGCAAAAGUCGCCAAUACGUCUGUUAAAACUGCUGCUGUUGUUCCCUGCCCUGCUGAUCCAUCUAUUAAAGGAGCUACUGCUCCUGCAGAAGUUUCUAAAGAAAAAGAGGCCAGCACAUCCGUCGGCCUUGAAAUGUUGUCUGCUAAACCCAGCAAGGAACCUUUAAAUAACAAGCAGUCAUCCGAUCAAUAUGCCAACAUUAACAUCGUUCCCAGUCAAGUUUCAAUAGAAACUUCAGAAGUGACUCCUGGAAACUGUGCUGCAUGUGGUAAUUCGUUGGCUGAAGAGGAGUCCUAUGCGUAUUAUGACGAUAAGUUGUGGCAUCUGCCUUGCUUCAAGUGUCGAAAGUGCCGGAGGGUUUUCUCCGCACAAGAGGAGUUUGUUCCUCACGAGCCUAAAAGCAAGAAAGAGGAGUGUCGCAUCUACUGCAUCCCCUGCUACGAGGAAAAACAGGCCAAGCACUCGCCGUGCGCAGCAUGCAAGGCAGGCAUUCGCCCUAGCGAGGACAGGAUUCGUUUUGAGGGGUUUCUCUACCACAGCGACUGUUUUAAGUGCUCUACGUGUCACGGUCCUUUGGAUUUGUCCGCCUUCUUCUACAAAGAUGGCGCGUUUUCCUGUGAUAAGUGCGAAAAUUUUCCAGUUUGCACUAAGUGUAAUCUGCAAAUAAAAGAUUCAAGCUAUCCUUGCGUAGCCGGCAAACCGUAUCAUAGCAAUUGUGUAGUUUGCAAGGAAUGUAGCUCUGCGCUUACCUCCCCUUUUACGCGCGAUGGAGAUCUUUACUGUAGGGAACACGCGUGAUGUGUCUAUGACUACGGCUUGCAUGUGCUUGGUUUGCAUGGAAAAAAAAUUUUUUUUUUG